AUGGCGGAAACAUGUCUAAAUAACACUACGACUGAAAUCUUGCAGAAAUUACGUUCAAUUGCAUCUAAAGGGAAAACUCUUCCACUGUCAGAUGUCAAGGAAGAUUUCAAAAGCAUACAACAGAAGUUGUGUACAAUUCAAGCUCUAAUUUCCGAUGCCCUUCAUCGCCAAGACGAUAAAAGCGUAACAUUAUGGUUGGAAAAGCUCAGAUGUGUUGUGUAUGACACAACUGAUAUACUUGAUGAGUUCUUGUACGAAGCUCAUAGAUGUGAAAUCCAGAACUCUACCGGGAACAAGGUACAUGUCACCAAUUUCUUUGUAGCUUCAGAUUUGCUUCGUGUGUUUUCGCAUAAAAUUUGUGGUAUUGAUCAAAGGAUGAUUGAUGCAUCAAAUGGUAUGAAUGGAUUAUGCUUGAAAAUUAGUGAUGGGUCUUUGCAUACUAUUGGAGGUAAAGAUAGUCGAGAAACUUCUAUGUUUGUAGACGAUUCGGAUAUUGUUAUUGGUAGAGAAAGUGAUAGAUAUAAGGUUGUUGAGAUGUUGCUGAAGGUUAACUCCUUGGAUGAGAGGGUAUCUGUAAUUCCUAUUGUCGGUGGUGCAGGAAUCGGGAAGAAAUAUUUGCUUGUUAUAGACGACGUCCAAGAUAAGGAUUUGGAGACGCUUUUUGAGAUGUUGAAUCAAUUGUGCACUUUUGGUGCAAAAGGAAGCAAAAUCGUGUUUACAGCUCGGAGUGAUGAUGUUGUCAGGGGGAAAUUUACAUGGCCAGCAUACAAAUUGCAGAAGCUGACGGAGGAUGAAUGUUGGUUUCUUUUCAAACAAAGGGCUUUCUGGAGUGCUGAUGGAGAAAAGGAGAUCCCAAAUUUGGUUGCGAUAGGCAAGGAUAUUGCAAAGAAGUGUGAUGGGUCGGCAAUGGUGGCAAAAUCUUUGGGAGGCUUGAUGCACUCUAAGAAGGAAGAGCAUGAAUGGUUGUCUGUCAGAGAUAGUCAUAUUUGGGGUUUAAACUAUGGAGAUGAAAAUGAAGUUUUGAGGGCACUGAAACUGUGUUAUGAUCAUCUACCAUUGCAUUUAAAACAAUGCUUUGCAUAUGGUUCGAAAUUUCCUAGAGGUUGGAAAGUUGAGAAAGAAACGUUGAUUCAGUUAUGGAUGGCAGAAGGAUUCCUUCAGCGACCAUGUGACAAUAAUGGCUGA